AUGGUCCCACGGAGUUUUCUUUAUAGCUCCGUAUCUUCUCCAAAACCACAUGAGCCAGGCCGGAAACAGCAUGGCCUCCCCUCCAAACCUUCGUUCGACGUCCUGUUAACACAAAACGAUGACUCGGUGCUUCAACUGCCAUUCGAACUGGGCCCACAAAGCAUGCACACCAACCCCGUUGUUAUCCCCCCAAAACGCGGUCAUCGGGCGACACCGGCCACCACGGAGAACCCAAAGACCCCGAAAAGGAACCGGAUGACUCGACAGUCGUCUUCAAGCACCUUGAAUGAUCGACUCGCUUCUAUUUUACAAGCAACAGCCAUCCCGGUUCCACGACGCGGCUGGGCUGCCCAGGAGUCCCGAAAGUUGCCUCGUAUCGUGGAGGACUUCAGCAAGUUGCUUCUGGGCGAAUUUGAUGAUAAUACAUCAGAAGGAACGGGCAAUCCUACUCUUGACGAUCUCCUAAGUCCGCAAACUGAAAAGUCAUUUGCCUCGAGCGAUUGCGACAGUGAGACCCUCUCGAGCUCUGUUCCCUCCAUCUCAGUCAGCUCCGUGCCGUCCCUAGAGAACGACGUGGAGACCCCAUCGAGCAUCUCCAUACCGUUUACUCCGUCAAGCCAACGAAGCCCCUCAGAUAGGAUCUUGCGGCGCCGGCACCCGUCCAACUGUGAAAAUUGCGCAUACAACCAUCCUCUUUUGGACACAGAACCAUCGGGUUCCGGAGACGAACAUAUUGUCACCAGUCAACAGUUAUCGUCACCUCCAUAUAGUACUCCUUCCAAGGCGUUUAUAUCCUCACGGUCGUUCCCGCGUCUGGGGUCAUUCAAGUCAAACUUGACCGCAUCGCUACGCGCAAUCAAAUCAGCGGCGCAGAGCGUCUCAGCGUUCGCUUCGCCCUCAGUCCAACCUGACGACUUUCUCACUCGUUCGUUAUUCACGAUCACUCCGGAAAUGACAGACGACCGCAGGCCUCUCCCAAUGGAUGACACCCCGUCUCCGGCACUACGACGAUACUUGAACCCAAUUAUGGUUUCCCCGGCGGAGAUGUAUAGCUAUCAAGACCAGCCACAUGAAUUGCUCGAUUCACGCAAGUCCCCCAUCUCAGUUCAAAUGCAAACCUACCACCGCUCAGGAACCCGGGGUUCUCGGAAGCGCCGCUUUCGCUUUUCUAGCUCCAAAAACUCUGCCCGAACGUCUCUUUCUUUCGACCCCGAGGCACCAGUCCCGCUGUCGCGCCAACGAGAGCCCCGAGAGAACAGUGACUUUCUCCGCAUGGUAGUUCUAGAGAUGAACAUGAGACGCCGAGGCAAGCUCCGCGAUGACGUUCCUACACGUGCCCGGGUAUGGUUACCGCCUCGCAAGGGCAGUCAAGUCAAAAUCAUCCCUUAUGACUUUGGGGAAGAAGACGAAGAGGAGACUUUGAUUCCAACCAGAUGGAUCGGAAUCUCUGUAGAGUCAUUUUGA